UGUGGAUCAGGAAACUCUUCUCUUGAUCAGUUUUCUUCUUCUAUUGUGUGCUCAGCAAUGUUUUUUCCUCGGCCUCAGAAUAAACUAAGAAGAAAAAAAAAGAAUCCAGAAAUGUUUGAUGACUGAACAAAAUUUAGCAGAAGAAUAAAAAUUUCUCAAGUAUGAAAAUGGCGAUACUGGGAGCAAGACCAAUUGGCUUCUCAAGCUUUCCAUCGUCUACUUCAUAUCUCAGUUCCAGCUCCAGACUCACCUCCUCUUCAUUGCCUUCCACAUUAUCAAUGGUUGUGGUCGGAAAAUCGAUUAUUUCCCGCGGAUGUGUCGCCUGUUCCGCUGUUCAAGAAUCUUCUACUCCUACAGCCACUGCUGGAACAAACGCAACCACUCCUGCAGAAGCAAAACCAUCAGCCGCCGCCGCCAGUGGCGGUGAUAAGGAGGAAGCGAAGGCAGAACCGAAAGCAGAUACAGAAAAGCCCAAACCUGCUGCAAAGGCUCCUGCUAAAGCAUUGCCGGAGUUGAUGCUGGAGGAUGUCAUCCCUUCAUUGAAAACAAUACUUGAAACUCAAGACGAUAUCUCUGAAAUUGAACUCACUUUCCAGGACAACAAGUUGGAAGGUUCAUUCCUGAAGGAGGGGUGUCCCUACUUGUUCUGGGCCUUCUUCCCUGAUGGAGUCCUUACAGGUCCAAAAGGAUUCUCCUUGUCUUCAUAUGGCUCAGGAGCAAGCACUGUGGAGCCUUUCCUUGUUGAUGAGAAGAAAAUUACAGCAAGGCACGUGGUGUUCUGGGUUGAAAAGCGUUUGGCAGCCCAAGGAAUUAUUCCUGUCUGGAAAGAAUGAUGUAUAACCAUAAAAAAUAUUGCCAUGUCCACUGAUCAUCAGCAUACAAAAUUUUCCCAUUCA